AUGCGUGCCCUCCCCGACUCCGACCCCCGCAGCUUCCGCCAGCAGGCCAACGUCCACUGCGCCUACUGCGACGGCGCCUACGACCAAACCAACCUCCCAGACCUCGAGCUCCAAGUCCACAACUCCUGGCUCUUCUUCCCCUGGCACCGCUGGUACAUCUACUUCUUCGAACGCAUCCUCGGUAAACUCAUCGAUGACUCGAAUUUCGCCAUUCCUUACUGGAACUGGGACUCCCCCGCCGGCAUGUCCAUCCCACUCAUGUACACCGACCCCACCUCCGCCCUCUACGACCCGCUCCGCGACCCGACCCACCAACCACCAACCACAGUCAACCUCAACUUCAGCAGUCCGGGCGAGACAGCAGUCAGCCCGGACCAGCUUAUCCGCCGCAACCUCACCGUCAUGUACCGACAGAUGGUUUCGAACGCGAAAACCCCGCGCCUCUUCUUCGGAAGCCCGUACCGCCGCGGCGACGAACCGAACCCUGGCGGCGGGUCGAUCGAGAACAGUCCGCACGGCCCGGUUCACGGAUGGACCGGCGACUCGUCGCAACCUAACUUCGAAAACAUGGGGAACUUCUACUCGGCCGCGCGCGACCCGAUUUUCUACGGACACCACGCGAACAUCGACCGGAUGUGGACGAUUUGGAAGACGCUCGGCGGGAGGAGAAAGGAUAUAUCCGACCCGGAUUACUUAAACGCGUCAUUCGUGUUUUACGACGAAAACGCGCAGAUGGUUAGGGUUAGGGUUAGGGACUGUCUGGACGAGGCCCAACUAGGGUAUGCGUACCAGGACGUGGACGUGCCCUGGCUGAACACGAAGCCGCAGCCUAGGGUUUCGACUGCUGUCCGUAAGCUGAAGAAGCUCGGGAGAGCUAAGGCUGCGGACACUCGUGACGCGAAGGAAGUGUUGCCGGGGAAGCUUGGGCAGGGUUUGAAAGUGAUGGUGAAGAGGCCGAAGAAGAAGAGGAGCAGGAAGGAAAAGGAGGAGGCGGAGGAGGUUUUGGUGAUCGAGGGGAUCGAGUUGGAUAGGGACGUAUAUGCGAAGUUUGAUGUUUAUAUUAAUGACGAGGAUGACGAGAUUAGCACGCCGGAGAAUACGGAGUUUGCCGGGAGCUUUGUGAACGUGCCUCACAAGAAUAAGAAGGGGAAGAAGAUUAAGACGCAGCUGAGGCUGGCGAUUGGGGAUAUUAUGGAGGAGCUUGAUGCGGACGAUGACGAACACGUGCUGGUGACUUUGGUGCCGAGUAACGCGUGUGAGUCGGUCACCAUUGGUGGGAUCAAGAUCGUGCUCGAUGAUUGA